AUGGCACCAACGGGUCAAGGCGGGCAAUGGCAGGAAGUGCUGUGUUGUUCGGUUUGUAACAAACAUUUUAAUGAAUCAUUCCUCCCGGUGAGUUUGAUUUGCGGUCAUGUCAUAUGCCGCAAAUGUGCUGAGAAACCAGAAAGCCAAUUGAAACCAUGCCCCCAUGAUGAUUGGAAGACAACCAUUCCACCAUCAGAAUACCCCAACAACGUGGCGCUUCUAUCUGUCAUCUACCCUCGGAAACAAUGCAUGAUAUUUUCUGGAGCAAAUACUGACGAUGAAAAACGAAUCGAUCAUCUUUCCAUCCAGAUCGCCAAGUUUUUUAGAGAAGCUGAUAGUGAAAGAGGUGGAACUGUGUCCAGUAGAGAGAUAUCCCGAACACUUCAACGAAAAGUUCUGGCUCUACUUUGCUACCAAUGGCGGGAAAAUGAUGGUCGUCUGAAGACAUUCAAAAUGUGUCGAGGAAUUAGUGAACGAGUGAUGAUUGAAAUUAUUUUAUCGAUACAAAGCAACACGCAUGUCAGCAGCCAAUUAUGGUCAGCGGUGCGAGCUCGUGGUUGUCAGUUUCUCGGACCCGCGAUGCAAGAUGAUGUCCUUCGUCUGAUUCUGAUGACGUUGGAGACUGGAGAGUGUAUAGCUCGGAAGAAUCUUGUGAUGUACGUUGUGCAAACUCUUGCCUCUGACUAUCCCCAAGUAUCGAAAACUUGUGUUGGGCACGUGGUUCAACUUCUUUACCGUGCUUCGUGCUUCAAUGUUCUCAAACGAGAUGGAGAAUCGUCGUUGAUGCAGUUAAAAGAGGAAUUCAGAACUUAUGAUGCUUUGCGUAGAGAACAUGAUUCGCAAAUAGUGCAAAUAGCAUUCGAAUCAGGACUGCGUAUUGGUCCCGAUCAAUGGUCAGCUCUUCUGUAUGCAGAUCAGUCUCACCGUUCUCAUAUGCAAUCCAUUAUCGACAAGUUGCAGUCGCGGAAUACAUACCAACAAAGUGUCGAUGAGCUGAAAAUUCUUUUCAACUCACAAUCGCCGUUUGUACAAAUACCUGCAUACCGGAAUUUUCUGACUCAAGUGAUCCCUUGUCUGGAGUAUUUUGGAACAAUCGAUCAGGAAACCAUAACGAUGUCGAUUGUCGCUGAAAGUUUGUAUCAAAUCAAGAAGAUCCUUCGUCUCCACUGUUCGCACGAUGAUUUGAGAAGGAUGCCCAAGGAAGAACGAAGAGCAUUACUGACACAAGGAAUGAUGCCUCCUCCUCCGCCACUCUAUCCCCUCUACACUCAUCUUGAUGAAAAUGGGAGAUCUGUGAGCAGAACUGAAUUCAACAAACCCGUAGAAAAUGUCAGAGAGAAUACACCGUCCCAUACUCCACCGAAUUCCAAGCAGCCAACAACUUCACAGCAACAACAACCACAGCAACAAGGAGGACAGGGACAAUUCACGCCACGACAGAAACGGUAUCAAAUGGGAAUCCCACCAAACCGAAUGGGCUACGCUUCACAACAUCAUCAUUUCACCCCUGGACCACAACAGAUACCACAGCAAUACUAUAAUCCUCAACCAAUGCAACCACCACCAAUGCAAAGAGUUCGAGGACGACGAAUGAACGGAUUACCACCACCUCGUCCAGGAUGCAUGCCUAUGAUGUUUCCUUAUUCUCCAGAAAUGAUGCCUCCAGCUGGAGUACCACAGAAUGGGACGGUUCCUCUUAUGCAAACAGCUAACGUAGUGACCGCUGAUGGUACAGUAGUCAAUGGAACACCACAAAGGGUUAUGAUCAUGCAAUCACCUACUCAUAUGAAUCAGGGACCAGUUGUCAUGGUAAUUCGAAAAUAUAAUAGUCUGAAUGAUCAAGAAUUUGUUUUAGAUCCCGCCACAACAAAUGGGUCCUUCACAAACGCCGGUUCCAAUGGGUGCCAUGACUCCAUCAGUUCCUGUUCAAAUUCCUCCAGCCAUGUGGACUGCCACGUCACCAACUGGCAGUAUGAUCUUCCCGACGGCUUCACCACCUGGUCAACAUCCGCACACAAUUUGGAUGCAAACUUUCGGAAAAUGUAUACUCAUUUCAGUUUCAGAACCGACGGUAACAUGUUCCCUAUGUUUGACAGCGGAAAUUGUUGGGGAACAACUGGUGCUGAUGCUGAACAACUUCUGGCUAAAAGAAACGAGAUCUUGAAACGCUUGCAUACGUCUGAAGAAGACGAUGAGCCUGAAGACAGUGGCAUUGGACACGUUUCUUACACUGUCGCUUCUUCGGUUCUUGAUGACAGGUUUCAAACUCAAAAAUUCAAGUUCUACAUUACUUUUCAUUACAGAAUGGACCAUAUUCCAAUUCAAAUGAUACCUGUUCCAACCAUAGACCUUCCGCCCAUUCCAAUCAGUUUUGCCUCAAUGCCGAAUGAUGAAACCAUGACAAUGAUAGGGGAGAUGGUGCAACAAAAUCGUCCUCGUGCUCCGUCACUAACGAAUCAGACAACCGGACAACCGAUAAUUGCUGCUGUUGGUUCCGCGGCUCCUGCUACGGUCCAAUCUGAUUGUGGUACGAUGAGUGUGAUGGAUAGUAUUUGUAUGCCGAUUGCCACAUCGGUUAUUCAUACUUCAACUGGAAUUGCACAGCCCGUGAUGCCCAUGGUUCCUGUUGUUCCAGUCCAAGUUCCAGUUGUUCCAGCUGAGAGCUUCAAUCCAUCAGUACCACCACCACCUACUCCUGGACAACCAAUGCUUGUGGACACAGCAACUGGUUUGCUCACUCCAAUCAGACCAAUUCUCGUGCCUCAUCCACAAAAUGUUGUUUCGAAUUCCCUCGACAAAAUUGUGGAUGUCAAGGAGCGGCUCAGCGAAGCUCAAGGAAACGUCUCCGAAGCCGAAAACGCCCACCUUCGCAUGGAAUUGCGAAUGGCUGAAAGUGAAAUGGCUCAUCUCGACCCCUACACCAAGAAUAAUUGCUUGCUCCGCGAGCUUCAUCAAGUUGAUAUGGAACUUCAGCAGCUCCAUAUCAACCCAGCCGUCGAGGGAUAG